GCAUUUCCGGUAUUGGCUCGCCGUAUUCGCCGUUCGCCGUUUUUCGAUUAAUCUCAGCUUCUCGGCGUAGUUGGUCGAUUUUGUAGAUUGUACGGAACAAUUAAGUAUUAUAAGAAAAUUUUCAAAUUAGUAAAAAUCUUAGUUUUGUUUAAGUGACACACCGCCAGCUUUUUUGAAAUUCCGUAACAACAAAGAAACAUGGAUGAAGACUGGGAUAAUGACGAUACAUCUACCAACAAUUAUAAUAAUUAUGGGGUUAUAUCUGAAGGAGGUACUAAGUUUGCUGCUGGCCGGGGCUUUAAAUCCGUUAAAUCAGAUUAUAAUAAUGAAUGGAACCCAAAUGAUUCCAAUCAAGUAGAAGAUAGCGGUUGGGGUAAUGACGAUACAUCAUCAUAUAAUAAUUACAACAGCAGCUAUGGUCAAGAUAAAAGAGGAAGAGGUGGUCGUGGUGGCCGAGGAGGAAGAGGUGGCCGUGGGGGAAAUACUAAUGGCCGAUAUCAGGACAAUGAGAAUGGUUAUGACAAUGAAGACAGAGAUGGAGGAAGUAGGGGUCGUGGAAGAGGUGGUCGAGGUGGGGGUAGAGGAGGAAAUAGGUCUUCUGGUGAUGACUAUAUGCCAAAAGAAAAUAAUGAUAAUGAUGGAGAAGAACCCAAGAAAGAAUAUUACAUUCCUGUUGAUAGAACGACAGAAGAAGAUCUCUUCACAAAUGGCAUAUCUACAGGUAUAAAUUUCAUCAAGAUGCAAGAUAUUGAAGUCAAUGUUAGUGGUGAAAAUGUACCACCUCCCAUCAAAAGUUUUGAAUCGUCAGGAUUGAGACCUCACCUUAUAGAUAAUAUAGUGAAGUCUGGUUAUACGAAUCCCACACCUAUACAAAAAUAUUCGAUACCCACAAUUUUGAAUGGACGGGAUCUGAUGGGCUGCGCUCAGACUGGAUCGGGAAAAACAGCUGCAUUCCUCUUGCCCAUUAUCAAUAACCUGAUGGCCGCACAAGAACCACCAGUUGUUGAAGAAAACAAAGCCAAACCUAAUGUUGUGAUAGUGUCUCCCACAAGGGAACUGGCCAUACAGAUCUUUGAACAAGCUCAUAAGUUCAGUUUCAACUCGAUUGUCAAAGUAGUCAAAGCAUAUGGUGGAACAUCAACAAAUCAUCAGCGAGCUAUGGUUCUUAGGGGAUGUCAUAUACUCGUUGCCACGCCAGGAAGACUGAAUGAUUUCUUAGACAGAGGAUGCAUCUCUUUUGAUUGCUUGAAAUUUUUCGUUUUGGAUGAGGCAGAUAGAAUGUUGGACAUGGGUUUCCUUCCUACUGUGGAGAAAAUGUUAGGACACGCCUCUAUGACUGCAACGGGAGAUCGACAAACUCUCAUGUUUUCCGCAACGUUUCCAGAAGAAAUUCAACAUUUAGCUGGAAAAUUUUUGCACAAUUACGUAUUCAUAGCCGUAGGCAUCGUUGGUAGCGCGUGUACCGACGUCGAACAAAGUUUUAUUCAAGUGACGAAAUUUGAAAAACGAAUGAAACUUUUGGAUAUACUCAAAGAGGACCUUGGCAUGAGGACUUUGGUAUUUGUGGAAACAAAGAGGAAUGCCGACUUUUUGGCGGCAUUUUUGAGUGAAAAUGACAUCAAAACGACAAGUAUACACGGUGAUAGACUGCAACGAGAGAGAGAGCAAGCACUAUGGGACUUUAAGACUGGAGUUUGUCAGGUUUUGGUGGCAACUGGAGUGGCAGCACGAGGUUUGGAUAUACAGGGUGUCCAACAUGUAAUCAAUUUCGAUUUGCCUAAUAGCGUGGAUGAAUAUGUUCACAGAAUUGGUAGAACAGGAAGAUUAGGAAACAGGGGAAAAGCAACAAGCUUCUUCGACCCUAAUCAUGAUGCGACUCAAGCUGGUCAAUUCUCAAGAAUAAUGAAGCAAGCUGGUCAGCAGGUACCAGACUGGCUGGUCUCAGGCAAUUUUGAAAUGGGCAGCGGAGGACAUUCCUUUGGAGGAAGAGAUAUAAGAGAGGAUGAUUUUGGUGCUGCACAAAAUCUAGAUGUUGUCCAGGAUGAACCUGAAGAAAAUUGGUGAACUAUUUUUUAAGUCAUGACAUGACACAUAUAUUUUUUACCAAGAAAUUAUUUUUUGUUACUCUUUGAGAAUGUUCUUCUUUUUAUUAUUUUUGAUUUGCCCGUUACAAAUAUUUCUAGUUUGUCAAAAACUUUGUUAACAUUUUACAGUUAGGUGAAUAUUUGAAAAUGAGAAGUGAGGAAAAUGAAUCUGUGAUGAGUUGAAUCUUGCGAUUAAGUAUCAUUUGUUAAGCAUUCCUUAUUUUUUAAUAAAAGCAAUUACAAAA